AAAAGCCAAACCCUGUGCUUCUCUCGUCCAACUCCCGUCCUUGUCCGCGACUGUAAACUCCCAACAUCCCCAAAUCCUUAAUGUCCCCAAAACCCUAAACAAAAUUUAAAACCGUAGCAACAUCAGAAGCCAGAGAAUCACCGAGAAAAUGGAUUUCCAAGUAGUCGUCCUCGCCGGCGGCUACUCCAAAAACCUCGCCCCUCUAAUCUCCAAUGAAGUACCAAAACCGCUGCUCCCUGUAGCGAACCGCCCCGUGCUCUCCUACGUCCUCGAGCUCCUCGAAGCCAGCAACCUCAAAGAUCUCAUCGUCGUUGUGGAGGGAUCUGAUGCUGCUCUCCGCGUUGGUGGGUGGAUCUCCAGCGCCUAUGUUGAUCGGCUUCAUGUUGAGGUGGCUGCGGUCCCUGAGGAUGUUGGAACUGCUGGUGCAUUACGGGCUGUGGCCCAUCAUCUAACUGCAAAUGAUGUUCUGAUAGUGAGUGGUGACCUUGUCUCUGAUGUGCCACCUGGUGCUGUGGCAGCUACUCAUAGAAGAAAUGGUGCAGCAGUUACUGCCCUACUGUGUAAUACUCCUGUCAGUGGACCUGCUGAGACUGGAUCCUCUGGUGGGAAGGACAAAGCAAAAAAACCAGCCAGGCAUAAUAUUGUGGGGUUGGAUCCCACGAAGCAAUUUUUGUUACAUCUAGCAGCAGGUGCUGAGAUUCAUAAAGAUAUUCGGGUGCAAAAGAGCAUACUUCAGGCUGUUGGACAGAUGGAAAUUCGUGCUGAUCUCAUGGAUGCUCAUAUGUAUGCAUUUAAAAGGAGCAUUUUGCAAGAGGUUUUGGAUCAAAAGGACAUGUUUCAUAGCAUAAGACAUGAUGUACUGCCAUAUUUAGUGAGGACCCAGCUGAGAUCUCAAGUCUCAACAAAUGGAGGACAGAAUGGACAAGAUGUUUGGAAUGGCACACUUUCUUCUCAGAACAACUUGGUAUGGCUUUCCCAACACCGAGAGAUUGCUCCCUCUGCUUUUCAAGAAAAUGUCUUGGCUCCUAAUGGAUCAGACUCUGCUCAAAGAACACAUAAAUGCUGUGCUUAUAUCGCUAACAAAAGCAAGUACUGUGUUCGUUUAAAUUCUAUUCAAGCUUUCAGUGAUAUCAAUCGUGAUGUUAUUGGAGAUGCUAGUCACCUUUCUGGUUAUUCUUUCUCUCCACAAAACAAUAUUGUUCAUCCAUCAGCAGAGCUUGGAUCUAAAACUACUGUUGGGCCGCACUGCAUGCUCGCAGAAUGUUCAACAUUGGGUGACAAGUGCAGUGUAAAACGAUCUGUCAUUGGUCGCCACUGCAGAAUUGGUUCAAACGUAAAGAUUGUUAAUUCUGUUGUGAUGAACCAUGUCACUGUAGAAGAUGGGUGUUUGAUUCAAGGUUCCAUUAUUUGCAGCAACGUGCAGCUUCAAGAGCGUGUUAUUUUAAAAGACUGUCAGAUUGGACCGGGUUAUGUUGUUACGUCAGGAAGCGAGCACAAGUCGGAGUCUUUAGCAAAGAAGUAAUUUUUGUUGGUUCAGGUUACUUGUUACAUCAGCUAGUGAUCACAAGUCAAAAUACUUUUGCAUGAGAGUGGUGCUUGUAAGUUGCUAUUUCCUAUUUUUUGAUGUUCAUAUGCUUAAACAUAAUUUUGUGGGGCUACACCAAAUGUGUGAAUUGUUUGAAAGAAAUCCAUGUAUCCAUUUACAUUCUUCUCGCCAAUGAUAGAGUUUUUCCCCACUUUUGAUUCCAUACUUCUUAGUGCCAGAGAAGAACCCUCAGCUAUCCGGUUCUUGUUUUUUUUUAAAUUUUUUUUGUGUGUGUGUGUUUCCCACUUUUUUUUUUUUGUGGCGGGGGGUGGAAUUAGGUUUUUGAAAAUUCCGAAUACCAUUAUAUGGUCUGUAUGUGGUACCCAACACAACUUGUGGAUAUUACCAGGUCCAUAUGCUGUACAUUAUUCUCAUCAAAUUUUUCUUACCUGUUCAUAUGUUGGAUUAUCGAAUCUGUGAAAAAAUAGAUUGCUUUUGCAGCCUUAGUUGGAUUGUCUUUGAUCAUUGUGACAAUUUUAUGUAAUUUUAUACAUGAAUUUCAGUUAGCGUACACAUGCUCACAUCUUACCUACAAAAUUCUCGUAGUUGCUUACUAUUUUCUGAAUGUAUGCUUAAUGGCUUCCUUUUCUAGGCCCCUAUAUAUUCUUACUUGCGAAGUGUGUCUAUGUUAUUUUUUUAGCACGUGGAUUUGGUUCUCAAAGAUUCCUAAGUGAGAAUUUUAUGCAACUAAUCUUUUGUGGAUAACAGGAACUGCCCUAAACCUGUAAACCACCCUAUCCAUAUCUAGGAGUUUAGGCUACCUGGGUACAAUUACCCUUCAGCGUCCACCUCAGAUUUCAUUUCAAGAAUCACCCAACCUAAAUACCAAUGGCUGCA